UGUGCCUGGGCCCUGCUGUUUCAAAAGGAAUCACAUACUUGACAUUCAUUUCCAGCCUGGUUCCUGCAUUUUGUUUGCUUCGCUUCGGAUUUUCGUCGCUCCCCCCCAAUUCGGUCUGUUUACUCAGGGACAACCCUUGUCCGCUUGAACUUCCGAGAAUCAACACAGCUCUCCGCUUCUUCAAUUUUCUUAAAACAAUCCCUUGAGGCAAUACACAUGCAAUCUCGUUAGAUUGCGCUGGAAUUUCAGCCCUUUGUGAUAUUGUUGCAUCUCUGAAUUCUACACCGAUACCGAUCUUGAAACGUCAUGGAGUUCACUAAGCCGGAUUUUGAGCCUCUUGCUGCCUCUGAGGUGGAAGCGCCCGCUGUUCCUGUCGCUGCGGAAUCUGAGCAGAUUGCCCCAGAGGAUCAGACGCAACAGGCGCAGGAGCAAGCACACGGACAGGGACAGGAGAUUCCGCCCGAGCAGCCUCUGGAGCAGCCUCUCGAACGAACUCUGGAUCAACCUCUGGAGCAGCCUGCGCCUGUCUCGGUCAAUAUUGAAGAGCCGGCUUCGGACCACACAACCAGCCGUGCCGCCAUCAACAAUGGCUAUAACAGCGACUCGAAGGCGCAUUACCACUCCCGAUCGACCGACUUUCAUCAGUCUGCUCCCGAAUACGCCGCCCAAGAUACCGACCAGUCCCGCCAGAACUCAUCUCCAUUGCUCAACCACCACCCCCUCCCUGUUCCCAACUCCAGGCCCGGAUCUGGACUCUCCAGUGGCCCAGAACGCGCCCCUGGUGUUUCCCAGUUACAGCAACAAGACGCCAGCCAGCGCCAAGCCGCUCAGGCUAAUAAGAACAGUGUGGUGAUUAAAGUUGGUAUGGUAGGCGAUGCACAGAUCGGAAAGACCAGUUUGAUGGUCAAGUACGUCGAGGGCAGCUGGGAUGAGGAUUACAUCCAGACAUUGGGUGUCAACUUUAUGGAAAAGACAAUCUCGAUUCGCAACACUGAAAUCACCUUCUCGAUUUGGGAUCUUGGUGGCCAGCGCGAGUUUGUUAAUAUGCUACCGCUUGUCUGCAAUGACGCUGUUGCAAUUCUUUUCAUGUUUGAUCUCACUCGCAAGAGUACAUUGAACUCAAUUAAGGAGUGGUAUCGCCAGGGACGUGGCUUCAAUAAGACAGCCAUUCCCUUCCUGGUGGGCACCAAGUAUGAUCACUUUGUGAACUUCCCCCGUGAGGAUCAGGAGGAGAUCUCUAUUCAGGCCAAGCGAUUUGCUAAGGCGAUGAAGGCUAGUCUGAUAUUCAGCAGCACCAGCCACAGCAUCAAUGUCCAAAAGAUCUUCAAGAUCGUUUUAGCCAAGGCGUUCGAUCUAAAGUGUACCAUUCCGGAGAUCGAAAAUGUUGGCGAGCCCCUGCUCCUUUACAAGAAUGUCUAAGAAUUGCCCGUUUGCCCUGACGAUGAUGUACAUUGGGACGAAGUGACGCUGCUGAUGAUCGACGCUGGCCCUCUACCCUCACGGCUUUACCACUUUGUGAAUUUCCCUUUCCUUUCAACGAUGUACUUGACCUUUCUUAUGUCUGUAUCACAGCCUCGGGCUCUUCUGGACAGGUUGCAUGCUAUCAGUCGGAGAUCUCGAGGCUUGUUUUUUUUAACUGCUAUCCUUCUCCUUGUCAUUUUCUUUGCUUCAUCUUCUUCCUUCAUUCAUCUCUGAACGUACCUAGUGUUCCUUUUUUUGUGUUCCAGAUGAGGGCUUCACCAGCUUAAGGCGUUUGGGAGUCCGAAUCGUGAUAUUCUGGAAAUACAUUCAAACCUCUUCUGUUUGCAA